AGAAGUUUUUCGGAUGUGCUCCUUGGGGCUGCCGGGCAACAUACUACUCUAAGACCAAAACUCCUGAGAAAACCUCUCUUUUGGUCUCAGCCCUAGGCAGGCCAGGUCUUCAUGCUGCUGUGGGUGUCCGUGCUGGUCCUGGCUCCUGUCAGUGGACAAUUUGCAUCUGCACCCAAACCCGUGAUUUCCCUCCAUCCUCCAUGGACCAUCGUCUUCAAAGGAGAAGCAGUGACUCUGACUUGCCACGUACCUCACUUCCUUGCAGUAGAGAACAAAAAAUGGUACCAGUGGUACCUUGGGAGAGAAAUAAUACGUGAAAUCCCAGGAAACACCCUCCAGGUCCGUGAUUCUGGAGAGUACAGAUGCCAAACCCAAGGCUCGCCCCUAAGUGAUGGUGUGAGCUUGACUUUUUCUUCAGCUAAACUGAUCCUGCAGGCUCCCCCUUCCGUGUUUGAAGGUGACUCUGUGACUCUGAAGUGCCGAGCAAAGGUAGAAAAAGUAGACACAGCCCGGAAGACCAGGACCCUGUAUAAGGAUGACAGUGUGCUGAUGGACCUUGGUGAAAACUCCAACUUCCACAUUGAACACGCAAGGCUGAAAGAUAAUGGAGAAUAUCACUGUACUGAAUCUGUGACCUAUUGUUGCUCUGUUUCUUCAAACACAAUCAAAAUCCAAGUCCAAGAUUUGUUUCCACGUCCCGUGCUGAGGGCUAACCCCUCCUUGGCCACCCCCGGGAACCCAGUGAUCCUGACGUGUGAGACCCAGCUCUCCCCUCAGAAGUCAGACGUCCAACUCUGGUUCCGCUUCUUCAGAGAUGGCCAGAGCUUGGGGUCAGGCUCGAAGAGCUUUCUGAAAAUCUCAAUCCCCUCCGUCAUGGGGAGCGAAGACCCACCGUAUUACUGGUGCGAGGCAUGGGCAAGCAUUCCCGGUGUCUACAAACAGAGCCAGAAAUUCCAGAUACCCGUGCAGAUCCCCGUGUCUCGCCCUGUCCUCACCCUCAGCACUCCUGGGGCCCGAGCUGUUGAGGGAGAUUUGCUGACGCUUUCCUGCGGAGCCAAGAGAGGCUCUUACCCCAUCGUGUACCAGUUCCUUCGUGAAGAAGUAGUUCUCAGGAAGAUGAAGGCCACUUUUGGGGGCACGGUGACCUUCCACAUCUCUCUGACUGCAGAGCACUCUGGGAACUACUCCUGCACCGCAGGGAACAGCUUGGGUGUCCAGCGCAGCCAGCCGGUGUCCCUGUCUGUCACCGUCCCCGUGUCUCGCCCUGUCCUCACCCUCAGCACUCCUGGGGCCCGAGCUGUUGAGGGACACAGGGUGACACUUCACUGUCAAGCCCGGAGAGGCUCACCCCACAUCCUGUACCAGUUUUAUCACGGAGAUGUCCCCCUGGGGAGCAGCUCGGCCACCUCUGCAGGAGGGGCGUCCUUCAGUGUCACUCUGACCGCAGAGCACUCUGGGACCUACUCCUGCACCGCGGACAAUGGUUUCGGCCCCCAGCGCAGUGACACCAAGAACCUGUUUGUCACAGUCCCAGCGUCCUGCCCCGUCCUCACCCUCAGGACUCCCGGGACCCGGGCCGUGGUGGGGGACAUGGUGGAGCUUCGCUGUGAGGCCCAGAGCGGCUCUCCCCCGAUCCUGUACCGGUUUUAUCACAAGAAAGUCACCCUGUGGAGCAGCUCGUCCCCCUCUGGAGGAGGAGUGUCCUUCAACCUCUCUCUGACCGCAGAACAUUCUGGAAACUAUGCCUGUGAGGCUGAUAAUGGCCUGGGGGCCCAGCGCAGCGAAUCGUUGACACUCAGCGUCACAGUCCCAGCGUCCCGCCCGGUCCUCACCCUCAGGACGCACGGGGCCCGGGCCUUCCCUGGGGACGUGGUGGAGCUUCGCUGUGAGGCCCAGAGCGGCUCUCCCCCGAUCCUGUACCAGUUUUAUCACGAGGAUGUCACCCUGGGGAGCAGCUCGGCCCCCUCUGGAGGAGGAGUGUCCUUCAACCUCUCUCUGACCGCAGAACAUUCUGGAAACUACUCCUGUGAGGCCGACAACGGCCUGGGGGCCCAGCGCAGCGAGGCGGUGCCACUCAACAUCUCAGGGCUGACAGGGAGCAGAAGUGGCCCUGUUGCCGGCGGUGUGGCUGGGGGCCUGCUCGGCAUGGUGGGCCUCGCGGUCUUAGCACAGCUGCUGUAUUGUCGGCUCCCCAGGAGAGCAGGAGGAAGGCCGACCUCUGACGCUUCCAGGAGCCCUUCAGACUCGGACCCCCAGGAGCCCACCUACUACAAUGUUCCAGGCUGGAUGGAGCUGCAACCGGUGUACAGCAAUGUCAACCCUAAAGGAGGAGACGUGGUGUACUCAGAAGUGCGGAUGAUUCAGGAGGGGAACAGACAUGCAGUGGCUUCAAACUCCGCAUUAAGGCUCCUCCGGACCUACCUGCCCUCCUACGGCCCGGCCACCAGCCAGCAGCGGCUUUCCAGACCCCAGGGCUCCUCUGUCAUCUACUCGCAGGUGAAGGUGGCAUCCCUCCCAGCCUCUGCAGCUCCUCGCAGCUGAGUUCACACACCGGCCCUGCACCCUAAGCCAUCCUUCCUGGGGGCAGGGACAUGGAAGUGGGAAGAACUGAAUGGCUCCAGGCCCCAUCCUGUGGCCUCUGCCAGCAGUGUGACCCGAGCACGGGACCUGCAGGACAGUGCUGUUUCCCAAGCGACAGUCUGGAGCUUGUGGGUUUUUUGUCCAGUGACAUGUGUCUCCCACCCAGGACCAUCUUGUCCCCUGGCUUCCUCAGCAGGCUUCAGGCAUGGUCUCUGCUCUGAGUCUCACUCCCACACACACCCCAAACUCUACCCAGUGGGGCCUGCUCCUGGACAUCUGUGCCCUGUGGAUGCCUGUCCUCCCCACAGACAUCUGCCCCCACCCCCCAUCGAUGCCCGUUCUCCCCGAGGACACCUGUCCUUCUCCCGAUGGACACCUGCCCUCCCACGGACACCUGCCCCCCGUGGACACCUGUCCUCCCCACAGACACCUGUCCUCCCCCGAUGGGCACCUGCCCCCCACGGUGGCUUUCCUCAAUGGUCAUCAGCCUGGCGGCACUACUGCAGCACUCAGCCAGGUGGGACAGCAUGUGGCCCUGGGAACAGGCACCGGCAGUCUGCAGACCUUCUCACCAUGGGGCUGUGUUCCAUGCCCCCAUCUGCCUCAGACACUAAGGUCAGCCCCUGACACCAGGACAGCUUCUCCCCUGCAUACGGACUGAUACCCCUGCCCAAGUCAUUGGAUGCACAGCCCCUUCCCGUGCGCCCCCCAGUGCGGGCACAGAGACGUCCUCGCACCCGUCACGGGAGGGGACACACAUUCCAAGCAUGGGCUGUUCUGACAGAGCCGCCUCUGAAUGUCGUAAAGACAGAGAAGGGCAGCAAGGACGGGGCUUGGAGGAAGUCUGACAGUCCAGUGGGGACCGCGAUCUUAUGCCAGGUCAAGAAGAAGCCGCGGGAGAGAUUUUGGAGACAGGGAAAAUAGAAUAUCAACUAUAUAGUAUUGAUACUAUUGAAUCAAUAAUCUGAUAUUACUUUAAGAAUAUUUUUGAAAAUAUUUGAAAUACCUUGAACUGAUUCAGUAAAAAUGUCUAAACGUG